AUGAGUUUAGCAGAGGAACCGACCAAGAACGACAGUUUGCUUACAGAGAAAAACUUGGCUCUCUCUGCAGCAAAAGAAAACCAGAUAGACGAUCGUUCUAGGUCUGGGAAAAGCGUUGAAGAUAACGAUACUUUGAGCGAGCUAAGCAAGAUAGACAGCAAUAGCAACAUUGCACAAGUCGAUUUAGACUUGGAUGGAUAUUACAUCUCGUCAGACGCAGAAACGGAAAAAAUGGAAGACGAACCAGCAGGACAUGUAGUUUUGUCUGCAUUGGCUCAAGACAACGAGAGUGUUGAAAAUGCGGAGAUGAAUGAGCCCGAAGAAUUGGGUUUUCCCGGAUUUGUAGAAGACGCUACAACUGUUGGUGAGCCUUCUUUACCACAAGAUGAUGUCGCACAAACGGUGGCCGCAAACCCGAAUUUUGAAAACCAAAAGGAAUCUGACCUUCGAGAAACAGAAGAUGUUCCUGGAUCCAUAGUAAAAGAUGCAGAGUCUGAAGCUAUAUUGAAUCAAGAGCUCAAGGACAAGCCAACUUUUGAAAGCGUUCCGGACGACAUGAGCAUGGGAAUGGUAGACGCUGGGCCUAAGGAUACCCCUGAUGAAAUCCAGAAAGAGGAAAGUAUGCCAAAUGCUCAAUCGAAUGUCGAACAAUUGCCAGAACCUUCGCACCAACAAGAUAUCGUCAUAGAAGAGCCGCUCAAAAUUGCCGAAAACGAAGAAGUUGAAGUGGGUGGUGAUACCGCUACAUUUGAACGCAGCGAAGCCAACGUUGUCAAUUCUGAUAAUAGCGGAAAGGGUAACUCAACACCAGAGAACCAGACCGAGCCCGAAAUCGACAACCAAAAUGACCACACUUCACAAGAUACAAUACCACAAAUUGGAAACCAGCCCUCAAAUCCUACACCCUACGAAGCUGCGUCUGGAUUAAGUAUGCAAAAAGAUAACAAAGUUUCCUCGGUAGAUGGUUCAACUCGCGACCUGAGCGAGGAAAAUACAUCUUCAGUAACUACUGAGAUGCUGCAGGAACCUCCACAAGAGUACGAGAGCAAUGACAUUACAUCCGCAAAAGAUGGCUUAAAAGGAGAACUGGUGCAGAACGAUGAAAAAUCUGGUAUGAAGCGCGAGUUUGAUGAAGCUGAAGACACUUCCCAGUUCAAAAAACCCAGACCACCUCCAUCUGAUUUUCACAAAGAUGGGGAAAAUGAUGAUGACAAUGACGCUGAUGAAGAUGAAGACGAGGCAGAAGACGAGAUCCUUGAUAAGACUGACCUCAAUGAUGCGUUGGCAAACAUUACUUCAAAGGACGUGCUCAAGAAAAGCAUUGCGACGGACGUUGCAGAAGUUCAAUCACCCGUGGAAACAGAAAGUAUCAGGCUUAUGGCUCUUAAGGAAAUUACAGAAAUCGAGCACCAAUUUGCCGAGUUGCGUCAAAAGCUGUACGAAAGUAAGCUGGCAAAACUGCAGACAGAAACUCAGAUGUGUCUAGACGGGUCUCAUCCUGCUCUCCAAAGCUAUUAUCAGAAGAUCGAUUCGGUACGAGAUUUCAAACUUCGGCGCGCAUACCAGCGGCAGCGGUAUGAACUAGAAUGUAUCGACAAGGAAACGAAAGCUACCAGAUGUUGCAUUCAUCAAGACUUUUUGCGGAAGGUCUCGAAUGUUAAGCAUGAGAUGUUAUUCAACACCACCCAGAAAUGGUACGAUAUCAAUAAGGAAAGAAGAGAAAUCAAUGUGGUGGUGCCGGAUGUGAAUUAUCAUGUCCCUGUCAAAAUUGACGGUAAGACCUUAAGUUGCAUAACGGGCUAUGCUGCUCCGGCACAACUUAGACGAGAGGGUGAUCCUCUUAGUGAAGAUUUGCAAUGUGAGGGGAUAAAAGUCCGGUAUAAAAACAAUCCUGUCGAUAAACUCGAAGUUAUAGUGGACAGAAUGAGGUUCAAUAAUGAGUUGAGUGAUCUCGAAGGGCUCAAGAGAUUCUUCAAUGGAUUUCCGGGCGCUCCAAACCUCAGUGGCCUGAAGGACUCGGAAGUCUUCGAGGAUUUGCAAAAACUGCAGAGAAGCAUAUAG